AUGAGAAAGGUGGAUGCCCAAAGAAGGCGUUAUGUACUGCAGUCCUUUUAUAUAAUAUUAGUUUUGGGUCUGCUGGGGCCUUGUCCCAAUUUUCAGAUGUUACUUGUUUCAGAGACUAUUGCAAUUCUGGAGGCCGCUAGAUAUUGUGUUGCUCAUAAUGUUCUCAAUUUGAUAUUAGAAACUGAUUCUUUGUUUCUAAAAAAUAUAAUUACGAGUACCUGGAAGCUGCCAUGGAGUGUAACUGUGGAAUUGGAGGAAAUAGGCGAGCUACUGGAGAAUCUAAACGUCCAGGUGACUCAUGUUAUGAGGGAAGGCAACCAGCUUGCGGACUACUUGGCAAAUAGUGCACUAGAAUACAUAGACAUUAUAGUGCACUCAUUCAAUGAGCUGGACUCGCAAGGAAUGAAGAUAAUUAAUAGCGACAAGCUUCAAUGUCCAUAUUUGCGAGUUCGUGCUGCAAGAAGAAGAUGA